GCCGGUUGAGCCAGGCAGGAAGGGCGCGCGGAGGCGGGUGCAGCCAGGCUUUAAAAGUCCUCGCCGGCAUGGGCUCGCCUCCACGCCACCCCGCCGUCCUCAUGGCCCCCGCGGUGCCGCUGGCUCUCCUGGCGCUGGUGGCCCUGCUGGCCCCAGGGCUCGGGGUGGCCCUUCCCGGCUGUGACUACCCAGCUCACCUCUGGUGCAGCUCGCUGGAGAUCGCCGUCGCCUGCCAGGCAGAGAGCCGCUGCGCCAACCUCUCGCGCAUGGCGGCCGCCCCCGUGGAGCUCAGCCUGUUCUACGAGAGCCUGUGCCCGGCGUGCCGCGCGUUCCUCGUCCAGCAGCUCUUCACCACCUGGUUGCUGCUGCCCAGCCAGGUCCUCAACAUCACCCUGGUGCCUUAUGGCAAUGCCGAGGAGAGGAAUGUCAGCGGGAAGUGGGACUUCCAGUGCCAGCACGGCCCGGAGGAGUGCUUGGGCAACAUGAUCGAGGCCUGCUUGAUGCACGAAGCAAAGAACUUCAGCAUCUACUUCCCCGUCAUCUUCUGCCUGGAGUCGGGCAGCUCCGUCACCAAGAAUCUGGAGGCUUGCCUGCAGGUCUAUGCGCCGCAGCUGGACAAGGACCGCAUCGCCGCCUGCGUGCAGGGGGACGUGGGGGCCGCCCUGAUGCACCACAACGCCCAACUGACCGAGGCGCUGGACCCCCCGCACCAAUAUGUGCCCUGGGUCGUCAUCAACGGGGAGCACACGGAUCAGCUGCAGGCACAAGCCGAGGCGUCGCUGCUAAGGCUCAUCUGCCACCUCUACCAGGGAGAGAAGCCCGAAGCCUGUGGGGGCUCGCAGGCCACGAUGGCAACAGCCCGAUGCUGGCACUGAGGGGCGGCGAGGGAGCAGCCAAUAAAAAACAUGGUUUUAUGGAAAAACAAGAGGCUCCAGAGUGGUGUGUUGGGUUUGGGGGGGGAG